GGGUGUGUAUGUGUGUGUGUGUGUGUGUGUGUGUGUGUGUGUGUGUGUUCGUGUCCUUUCUGCAAAGGGGCCCCAGGCGCUAUGGAGCGCGCCGCUGGCCCGCUCGGAGAUGCUUUCUCCCGCCGUGUUCUAGAAACCAAAGCCCCGGGGCCCCCAAUGGACUGUAGGGAGUCGAGUUGUAGUUCCCCAUCGGCGCUAGGGGAUGGUACCGGGGCUCUCCAUCCGGCGGCCGAGCUGCUCCAGUGUCCAGGGGGCGCGAUCCAGGCUGCCACCCCUCAUCUGGAAGAACCGCACGCCGUCGGGGUCUUCCCGGCACGUGCCAGCUCCGGACUCGCGGAGCCUGGACAGCCCCGGGACUCUGCCAGGUGGAUGUGCGUGGCCGGAGCCAAGCUGAAGAGAGAACUUGAUGCCACCGCAACAGUAUUGGCAAACCGGCAAGAUGAAAGCGAACAGUCCAGAAAGCGGCUCAUCGAGCAGAGCCGAGAAUUCAAGAAGAACACUCCAGAGGAUUUGCGCAAGCAGGUAGCACCCCUGCUGAAGAGCUUCCAGGGGGAGAUUGAUGCACUGAGUAAGAGAAGCAAAGAAGCCGAGGCCGCCUUCUUGAAUGUGUACAAGAGGUUAAUUGAUGUUCCAGAUCCCGUACCAGCCCUGGACCUUGGGCAACAGCUGGAAAUAAAAGUGCAGCGUCUACAUGACAUCGAAACAGAGAACCAGAAGCUUAGGGAAACACUGGAGGAGUACAACAAGGAGUUUGCCGAAGUGAAAAAUCAAGAGGUUACGAUAAAAGCACUUAAAGAGAAAAUCCGAGAAUACGAGCAGACUCUGAAGAGCCAGGCUGAGACCAUUGCCCUGGAAAAGGAACAGAAGUUGCAAAAUGAUUUUGCAGAGAAGGAGAGAAAACUGCAAGAAACACAGAUCUCUACCACCUCAAAGCUGGAGGAAGCCGAACAUAAACUCCAGACUCUGCAAACAGCCCUGGAAAAAACUCGAACAGAAUUAUUUGACCUGAAAACCAAAUACGAUGAAGAAACUACUGCAAAGGCCGACGAGAUCGAGAUGAUCAUGACUGACCUUGAACGUGCAAACCAGAGGGCAGAAGUGGCGCAGAGAGAGGCGGAGACUUUAAGGGAACAGCUCUCAUCAGCCAACCACUCUCUCCAGCUGGCCUCCCAGAUCCAGAAGGCUCCAGAUGUGGAGCAGGCCAUAGAGGUGCUGACCCGCUCCAGCCUGGAAGUAGAGUUAGCUGCCAAAGAGCGUGAGAUUGCUCAGCUGGUGGAAGACGUUCAGCGACUCCAAGCCAGCCUCACCAAGCUGCGAGAGAAUUCAGCCAGCCAGAUCUCUCAGCUGGAGCAGCAGCUGAGCGCCAAGAAUAGCACACUCAAACAACUGGAAGAAAAACUCAAAGGCCAGGCUGACUAUGAAGAGGUGAAGACAGAACUGAACAUCCUGAAGUCCAUGGAGUUUGCACCGUCGGAGGGAACAGGGACACAGGACUCAGCCAAGCCCCUGGAGGUUUUGCUCCUGGAGAAAAACCGUUCACUGCAGUCUGAGAAUGCAGCACUGCGAAUCUCCAACAGCGACCUGAGCGGGUCAGCCAGGAGAAAAGGGAGAGACCAGCCUGAGAGUCGGCGCCCGGGACCCUUGCCGGCCUCCCCUCCUCCUCAGUUGCCCCGCAACACGGGGGAACAGGUUUCCAAUACUAACGGUACACACCACUUCUCACCAGCGGGGUUAAAUCAAGACUUUUUCAGCUCAAACCUGGCCAGCCCCAGCCUACCCCUGGCUUCUACAGGAAAGUUUGCACUAAACUCUCUUCUCCAGCGACAGCUAAUGCAGUCCUUCUACUCCAAGGCCAUGCAGGAAGCCGGAAGCACAAGCGCGAUUUUUUCAACAGGUCCUUACAGCACAAACUCCAUAUCUUCCCCAAGUCCAUUACAACAAAGCCCAGAUGUAAACGGCAUGGCCCCAUCUCCCAGCCAGUCAGAAAGUGCUGGGAGCGCCUCAGAGGGCGAGGAAAUCGACACAGCUGAAAUUGCCCGGCAGGUCAAAGAACAACUCAUCAAGCACAACAUCGGACAGCGCAUUUUUGGACAUUACGUCUUGGGACUGUCACAAGGGUCUGUGAGUGAGAUUCUGGCACGGCCAAAGCCCUGGAAUAAGCUGACCGUCAGAGGCAAAGAGCCAUUCCACAAGAUGAAGCAGUUCUUGUCUGAUGAGCAAAACAUCUUGGCUCUUCGUAGCAUCCAAGGCAGACAGAGAGAGAAUCCAGGCCAGAGCCUGAACAGACUCUUUCAGGAAGUACCGAAACGAAGAAAUGGGUCUGAAGGUAACAUCACUACCCGGAUCCGAGCCUCAGAAACUGGCUCUGAUGAAGCCAUCAAGUCCAUCCUGGAACAGGCCAAGAGGGAGCUCCAAGUGCAGAAGACUGCAGAGCCAGUCCAGCCGUCUUCUGCAUCAGGCAGUGGGAAUUCCGAUGAUGCCAUCCGCUCCAUCCUCCAGCAGGCCCGCCGGGAAAUGGAGGCCCAGCAGGCCGCCCUCGACCCUGCCUUAAAGCCAGCACCACUGCCCCAACCUGACCUCGCCAUCCUCACCCCUAAGCUACUGUCUGCCUCACCCAUGUCUGCCGUGUCCACUUACUCCCCUCUUGCCAUCUCCCUGAAGAAAACCUCAGAGGCCACUACCUCGGCCCUGCCCAACACUCCAACCCUCAAAAAGGAGGCUCAGGAUGCACCCGGGAUGGACAUGCAGGGAGCAGCCGAUGCUGCCCAGGGGGUCCUGAGGCAGGUGAAGAGUGAGCUGGGCCGUGGGAGCACGUGGAAGGACCCCUGGUGGAGCCCUAUACAGCCUGAAAGAAGAAACCUCACCUCUUCUGAAGAGACCAAGGUUGAUGAAGCUGCUACAAGUGGGAAAGAAAAAGCCAGCGGCAGCCAACCUCGGGCUGACCGCAGCCAGCUUCAGGGACCCUCCUCAUCAGAGUACUGGAAGGAGUGGCCCAAUGCCGAGUCACCAUACUCCCAGAGCUCAGAGCUGAGCCUCACUGGAGCCAGCCGCAGUGAGACACCCCAGAACAGUCCUCUGCCCUCCUCCCCUAUCGUGCCCAUGGCAAAGCCCGCCAAGCCUUCAGUACCCCCGCUGACCCCUGAGCAGUACGAGGUCUACAUGUACCAGGAAGUGGACACCAUCGAGCUUACCCGCCAGGUCAAAGAGAAGCUGGCCAAAAACGGCAUUUGCCAGAGGAUCUUUGGAGAGAAGGUACUGGGCCUGUCCCAGGGCAGCGUCAGUGACAUGCUAUCACGGCCAAAGCCAUGGAGCAAGCUGACCCAGAAAGGCCGAGAACCCUUCAUCCGGAUGCAGCUCUGGCUGAAUGGCGAGCUGGGCCAGGGUGUGCUGCCCGUGCAGGGGCAGCAGCCAGGGCCAGUCCUCCACUCGGUGACAUCACUACAGGACCCCCUCCAGCAGGGCUGUGUGAGCUCAGAAAGCACUCCAAAGACCUCCGCCAGCUGCAGCCCCGCCCCCGAGUCCCCAAUGAGUUCCAGUGAAUCUGUGAAGAGUCUCACUGAGCUGGUCCAGCAGCCCUGUCCUGCCAUUGAGACCAGCAAAGAAGGCAAACCUCCAGAACCCAGCGACCCACCCACCUCAGACUCCCAACCCACAACACCGCUGCCUCUCUCUGGACAUUCUGCCCUCAGCAUCCAAGAAUUAGUAGCCAUGUCUCCUGAGCUGGAUACCUACGGCAUAACCAAGAGGGUCAAGGAAGUACUGACGGACAAUAACCUCGGUCAGCGCUUGUUUGGGGAGACCAUCCUAGGGCUCACCCAAGGCUCUGUCUCUGACCUCCUUGCCCGCCCAAAGCCCUGGCAUAAACUCAGUCUGAAGGGACGGGAGCCCUUUGUCCGAAUGCAGCUAUGGCUGAAUGACCCCAACAAUGUGGAGAAACUGAUGGACAUGAAGCGGAUGGAGAAGAAAGCCUACAUGAAACGGCGACACAGUUCGGUCAGUGACAGCCAACCCUGCGAACCCCCCUCAGUGGGCAUCGACUACAGUCAGGGCGCUAGUCCCCAGCCACAACACCAGCUGAAGAAACCCCGAGUGGUGCUGGCUCCUGAGGAGAAGGAAGCACUGAAACGCGCGUAUCAGCAGAAGCCAUACCCAUCACCAAAAACCAUUGAGGAGCUUGCCACACAGCUGAACCUGAAGACCAGCACCGUAAUCAACUGGUUCCACAACUACAGGUCUCGGAUCCGCAGAGAACUGUUCAUUGAGGAGAUUCAAGCCGGGAGUCAGGGCCAGACCGGCGCCAGCGACUCACCUUCAGCCCGAAGUGGCCGCGCUGCGCCCAGCUCAGAAGGCGACAGCUGUGACGGCGUGGAGGCCGCCGACGCAGAGGAGCCAUGUGGCCCCACGGCGGCCACCAAGUCUCAGGGAGGGCCGGCAGAGGUGGCCGCAGCCCCUGCCGAGCGCGUGGAGGCAGCGCGCCCUGCCGACAAGGCGAAGGCACAGCCACUGCCCUCGGGGACCCCGGGCCCGGACGACGCUGAGGACUCCGGCCGGCCUCGGCCGCCACCGCCACCCGAAGGCCCCGCCGAAGGCCGGGUGCCCGUGCCAAACCCCGCAGCCCCUGCGGCCGGGGAGGACGCCACUACCUCAGCCGCUGCAGCCGAGGGCCAUGGCGCCGCCCAGGCUGGCGCUGCGGAGAGGAGUUCCGCGUUGCCAAGUACCAGCGCGCCCGCCCACGCGCCUGCGCGCAGGCCCAGCUCGCUGCAGAGCCUCUUUGGCCUACCGGAGGCGGCGGGCGCCCGGGACUCACGAGACAACCCGGUGCGGAAGAAGAAGGCCGCGAACUUGAACAGCAUCAUCCACCGCCUGGAGAAGGCUGCUAGCCGGGAGGAGCCCAUCGAAUGGGAGUUCUGAGGGCGCCGGCCUCUGGGCCUGACCGUCGAGCUCGGCGGGCUUCACCGGGCCUACUGGGCCUACUCGGACCUGGCGGGCCUAGUGCGGCCUGGCGGGCCUAUCAGGCCAUCUGACCUGGCCGGCCCGUCAGCACUCUAGUGGGCCGGGCGGGCAGGUGCGUGGAGGGCAGGUGCGUGGAGGGCGUCGCCUACCCAGGCCUGGACGUGUUGCGCACUUACCGCCCUGCGGGCCACAGGGCAAAAUCGCCAUAGGCCAAGGUGCAUAUAGAAAACAAAGGAGCAUUAAGCCCAAUCUAUGUCGUGUUUUCAAGGAAGAAAACGGAAAUGUGUAGUCAA